AUGGCACAUGGGAUUCCUUCUCAAGGCAAAGUUACCAUAUCGGUGGAUGAAUACAGCUCUAACCCCACCCAGGCAUUCACGCACUACAACAUCAACCAGAGCAGAUUCCAGCCGCCACAUGUACAUAUGGUCGACCCCAUCCCAUAUGACACUCCAAAACCAGCGGGCCACACGCGGUUUGUCUGCAUCUCAGACACACACUCCAGAACAGAUGGUAUCCAGAUGCCUUAUGGGGACAUCCUUCUCCACACAGGCGAUUUCACCGAGCUGGGACUGCCCUCAGAGGUUAAGAAGUUUAAUGACUGGUUAGGAAACCUGCCGUAUGAAUAUAAAAUAGUGAUUGCUGGGAAUCAUGAACUGACAUUUGAUAAGGAAUUCAUGGCAGAUCUCGUUAAACAGGACUACUACCGUUUCCCCUCUGUGUCUAAAUUGAAACCAGAGGACUUUGACAACGUUCAGUCCCUCCUGACAAACAGUAUUUACUUACAAGACUCGGAGGUAACAGUGAAGGGAUUCAGGAUAUACGGUGCACCUUGGACCCCGUGGUUUAAUGGAUGGGGCUUUAACCUACCCAGAGGUCAGUCUCUGCUGGACAAAUGGAACCUCAUCCCCGAGGGCAUCGACAUCCUCAUGACACACGGACCCCCUCUAGGUUUUCGAGACUGGGUUCCAAAGGAGCUUCAGAGAGUGGGCUGCGUGGAGCUCUUAAACACAGUCCAGAGGCGAGUCCGACCCAAGCUCCACGUGUUUGGUGGAAUUCAUGAAGGUUACGGCAUCAUGACCGACGGUUACACAACCUACAUCAAUGCCUCAACGUGUACAGUCAGCUUUCAACCGACCAACCCUCCAAUUAUAUUUGACCUUCCAAACCCACAGAAUUCCUGAAGCUCUGAAUGCCCAACUGGAAUGUGAGGGAAGGUCUAUAAA